AUUUCAUACUUGAGGAAAUGGAGUGAAAAAAAAAGACACUUUCAGGGGAGGAGGGAGAAGAGGAAAGUUUCGAAACUCUCCCAAACAAAAUCCCCCCGACGCCAUUCCCCAAGCUUCGUCUUCUUCCUCCCCUUUCCCCCUCCCAACACCUCACCCAAACCCUAACCCUAAGCCCAAGUUUCGGAGCGGAGCAGAGCGGAGCGGCGAUGGCGGCGGCGACGCCGAGGGUGGACGGCCAGGAGAAGGUGAUUGCGGCGGCGCAGCACAUAGUGAAGAGCCUGGCCACCUCGAAGAACGCCGCCGAGGACAUGAUCCGCAUCCUCUCCGGCUUCGACAACCGCCUCUCAUCCAUCUCCGACCUCUUCCCCCCCUCCUCCUCCUCCUCCUCCUCUGGCGCCCUCGGCCCCUCCUCCUCCGACGCGGUCGUCGCCGAGGAGGACGAGGAGGAAGAAGCGUCCGUCGAGGUCGAAAGGGACGCCCAUGGAGACGACGACGCCGACGACGAGGAGGAGAUCGCGGAGGAGGAGCAUGAGGCGAUGCUCGAGGAGGCGGAGAGGGUCGUGCUCCAGUGGGAGGAUCCCUCCGACUCCGACUACUACGUCUGGGACUCGUCCUCGUCCUCGUCCUCCGCCUCCGCCGCCGCCGAGUACCUCUCCGCCGUGGACGCCCUCAUCUCCCUCGCCUCCGCCCCCUCCCCCCUCCGCGGCCGCGCCGAGAGCGCGCUCCAGAUCGCCGCCACCCGCCUCGAGGACGAGUUCCGCCGCCUCCUCCUCCGCGGCGCCCUCCCCAUCGCCUCCUCCUCCUCCGACGAACCCGCCUCCUCCUUCCGCCGCCUCUCCCUCUCCCACGACGACACCCCCACCUCCUCCCCCAGAUCCGACCCCCACCCCCACGGCGCCAAUCUCGAGGACUCCCGCGGCGGCGGCGGCGGCGGCGGCGGAGGCGGAGGCGGAGGCGGAGGUGGAGGCCGGGGAUCCCUCUCCGCCGACCACUUCUCCUCCGACCUCCUCCGCGCCGACGCCGUCGCCGACCUCGCGGAUAUCACCGGCCGCAUGAUCCGCGCCGGGUACGGCCAGGAGCUGAGCCAGAUCUACGUCGCCGUCCGCCGCGACGCCAUCGCGGAGACCCUUGCCGCCCUCGGCGUCGACAAGAUGAGCAUCGAGGAGGUCCAGAGGAUCGAGUGGGGCACCCUCGACGCCAAGAUGAAGAAGUGGAUCCAUGCCCUGAAGAUCGUCGUCCGAGUCCUACUCUCCGGCGAGCGGCAGCUCUGCGAUCAGAUCUUCGUCUCCGCCUCCGACGAGCUCAAGGAGGACUGCUUCAUGGAAGCCGCCAAGGGCUGCGUGCUGCAGCUCCUCAACUUUGGCGACGCCAUCGCCAUUAUCCCACGCUCCUCCGAGAAGCUCUUCCGAAUACUGGGAAUGUAUGAAGCCCUCUCCGACGUAGCUCCCGAUCUCGACGCCCUCUUCUCAGGUGAUGCCAGGGAGUUCAUUUCGGAGGAGGUCCAGGGGAUCCUCGCCAGGCUGGCAGAUGCGGUGAAGGGAACGAUCAAUGAGUUCGGAAAUGCCGUGCAAGGGGAACCUUCGCGGAAACCCUUGCCGGGGGGCGAGAUCCAUCCCGCCACUCGGUAUGUGAUGAACUAUAUGGGACUACUUGUAGAUUACAGUAACACACUCAAUCUUCUCCUCGACGGUGAAUCGAAUAAUGGCGAUGAGAAUAUGACUCCUUUAGGCCGAUGCGUGCUCUCACUGAUGACGUAUCUGGAAUCUAAUAUCGAGGAAAAAUCAAAACUUUACGAGGAUGGAGGGUUGCAGUAUAUAUUCUUGAUGAAUAACAAACAUUACAUUGUCCAGAAGGUCAAGGAUUCGGAGUUGAAAAUGCUGCUGGGAGAUAACUGGAUCCGUAAGCGCCGGGGGCUGAUCCGGCAGUACGCAACAAGCUAUCUCAGGGCUUCAUGGACUAAAGUUUUAUCCUAUUUAAAGGAUGAGGGUAUGGGAGGGAGUGGGGGCUCGUCAGGUGCCUCAAAGACGAUUCUAAAAGAAAGGUUUAGAAAUUUUAACUUGGCUUUUGAAGAGAUAUAUAGGGUUCAGGCAGGUUGGAAGGUUCUGGAUCCUCAGCUCCGGGAAGAGCUGAAGAUUUCGGUGUCAGAGAAGGUCAUUCCAGCCUAUCGUUCGUUUGUGGGGAGGUUUCGUGGUCACUUAGAGGGUGGGCGGCAUGCCGCAAAGUAUAUUAAGUACACUCCUGAGGAUUUGGAGAAUCAUGUGGCAGAAUUGUUUGAAGGGUUGCAGGGACUAGCAAACAAUCCGAGGCGAAAACUCAGUUCAUGAUUGGUGGGUUUUGAUCAAGGCGAGUGCCAAAUCUCUUUGAGAAUCCCACGAUAAAGUUGUAUAACUUCACUAUAAGAUUUAUAGUUUUAUGUUUUUCUUCCUUGCCCUUUAUUGCUUUUUAGUGCUCAUACAGGAGUUAUUGAUGCUUGUAUCCUUGAUCCAUCUUUUAUAGUCAGAUUCCUCAGUGCAUUCUAGUUUGUC